AUGUGGACGACCCGGCCGAACCGGAGAGAAAAGAACGAAGUCUUUGCAAAACCACCGGCACCUCCUCCGACUGGAGCAGUACGUGAUCGUCUUUGCAACGUUCCCCGCGCAAUCCACAAUCCUGCCAAGCGAUGGCACCUCUUCCACUGGGACCCGACGAUCAGUAUGCGUCUGUAAUUGGGGCUGUGCCAGAGGCUCAGGCUUCGGUGAAGUCGCGGAAAGCUUGUGUGAAUUGUCGACGUCAGAAGAUGAAAUGCAGAAUUGACGAGGGUCCAUCUUGUCGAAGGUGUCUGCGAACCGGCGUGUCUUGUGUGUUUGUGCCUCGAGCUAAUGCCGCUGCGUACACCGAAGGAUACACUCCCGGUGACGCAUCUCAUCGCAGUGAAAGAUCAUCGCAGCUCAACGAGAGCAUACUUCGUCGGCUACAAAGGCUUGAAGACCAUGUGGGGUUGACUGCUCUCGGAGAGAAUAGCCUCCACAACGAGACACAAAGCGGUACUAUGUUAGAAAGUCCGGAGCCUGAGGAUUCUUCCCUUCGACCACUGCGGCCUGCCAUUCAGGUGCUCAAGAAUACAUGCUCUGCAGGCACCACCUCACCGCUGUGGGAAGAACCACUGAUCAAGCGACUUUGGCUCAGUAUGAGGGGGUCGGAUGAGGUGGUUGUACAUGCUGCUGAGUACUUCAUUGUCCUGUGCAAUGCCAUUGCGCAGCUAUGCAUGCCCUCCAGCAGGGGCCUGCCGACCAUCUGGGCUUGCUUCACGAGUGAUACUCCAACAACGUCCGACUCAUCGUCGUUCAGUGGUGUUGAUGCGGCCGUCAUCAGAGACUGGGCCCGACAGCUGGAUGAUUGGUUGGUGGAAUUUGGUGCUCGAAACGAGGAGGCAGAUAACCAGAGCAAACUCACGUUUCGACAAUACGUCCUCCACCGCCUGUUGGUUCUGUCAAUCUACCUCCCAGCCCGCGGCAGCGACUUGUUCUCCAACACAACACCCAAAGAGCAACAUGAACUUCUGGUCUCGGCUCGGGCGGCUGUCAAGUUGCAAGUGGCCGACUCGUCUAUAUGGUCCAACUUUGACCUUGUGAUGAUCACGUGGGCGGCUUUGAUCGUGAUCCAAGGGGUCGAUGGCGGGGUAGGCGAACCUGAUGGAAGGCUUCAGGAGGCCCACGAACACAAUUCCAACCUUCAUGGUGCUCUGGCCAAUCGCCUAGAAACGAAACUGCAAGGGCUCAGCACGCCUCAGAUGGGCGAUGCCAUGAGCUUUGAGCCGGACGGCACCUUUGACACUUCUUGGUACAUAUUCGACCAGUCUAGUCUCGACGCGGGCUUUGAUAUGUCCUUUUUGGAUGGCCCUUUACAAUGA